AUGUUGCAUUCUUAUCAAGAAGCUGGCCAUUGGCGCCAAAUCGAGUCUAUGAUGCAUUCUUAUCAAGAAGCUGGCCAUAGGCGCCAAAUCGAGUCUAUGUUGCAUUCUUAUCAAGAAGCUGGCCAUAGGCCCCAAAUCGAGUCUAUGAUGCAUUCUUAUCAAGAAGCUGGCCAUAGGCGCCAAAUCGAGUCUAUGUUGCAUUCUUAUCAAGAAGCUGGCCAUAGGCGCCAAAUCGAGUCUAUGUUGCAUUCUUAUCAAGAAGCUGGCCAUAGGCGCCAAAUCGAUUCUAUGUUGCAUUCUUAUCAAGAAGCUGGCCAUAGGCGCCAAAUCGAGUCUAUGUUGCAUUCUUAUCAAGAAGCUGGCCAUAGGCGCCAAAUCGAUUCUAUGUUGCAUUCUUAUCAAGAAGCUGCCAUAGGCGCCAAAUCGAUUCUAUGUUGCAUUCUUAUCAAGAAGCUGGCCAUAGGCGCCAAAUCGAUUCUAUGUUGCAUUCUUAUCAAGAAGCUGGCCAUAGGCGCCAAAUCGAGUCUAUGUUGCAUUCUUAUCAAGAAGCUGGCCAUUGGCGCCAAAUCGAGUCUAUGUUGCAUUCUUAUCAAGAAGCUGGCCAUUGGCCCCAAAUCGAGUCUAUGUUGCAUUCUUAUCAAGAAGCUGGCCAUAGGCGCCAAAUCGAUUCUAUGUUGCAUUCUUAUCAAGAAGCUGGCCAUAGGCGCCAAAUCGAUUCUAUGUUGCAUUCUUAUCAAGAAGCUGGCCAUAGGCGCCAAAUCGAUUCUAUGUUGCAUUCUUAUCAAGAAGCUGGCCAUAGGGCGCCAAAUCGAGUCUAUGUUGCAUUCUUAUCAAGAAGCAUUCUUAUCUGGCCAUAGGCGCCAAAUCGAUUCUAUGUUGCAUUCUUAUCAAGAAGCUGGCCAUAGGCGCCAAAUCGAGUCUAUGUUGCAUUCUUAUCAAGCUGGCCUUAUAGGCGCCAAAUCGAGUCUAUGUUGCAUUCUUAUCAAGAAGCUGGCCAUAGGCGCCAAAUCGAUCUAUGUUGCAUUCUUAUCAAGAAGCUGGCCAUAG